AUGACAUUUACUGGAAAGAAUGAAGAUGUAACAAUUUUGCAUAAACAAAUCAGAGAUACUAAACGUAGGAUUAUUAUACGAGGAUUCGUUUCAAGAAAAGAAUAUGCUGAGGAGAAUUACGACGGUUUAAAGGGGGUGUAUGCGGAUUUAUACAGGAAAACACAAAGGAUACUAGACAGGCUAACUGAGCACACGUUUCGAACAAUGCUUACUAAGAUGCAAGAACUUCCGAUAGACACGGAAACUAAACUGAAUGGAGUUAUUGAUAUAAUCUACGAAAAGGCAUUAAAUGAUCGGAAACGAUGUGUUGCUUAUGCAAAUUUGUGCAGAGGUAUGGCAAUGUUAAAAGUGCCAUCAGAUUCGAAAUCAGGAGAAUUCGUGAACUUUCGUGCUGUGUUAUUGGAUCGAUGCCAGAAAGAAUUUUCGAAGAAUAGGCCAGCAUUGAAAUCAGGGACCAAAAUGGCAGAAGACGGAGAAGUGGAAAAUACAUGGAGACGACAAUUAGACGACAGAGAAGUCAAGGACAGACAACAGUCUUUAGGAAAUAUUUGGUUUUCAGGAGAAUUAUUUAAAUUAAAAAUGUUGACAGAGAAAAUCAUACAUGACAGUGUUUUCAAAUUAUUAUGCAACAGACAUCCAGAUGAUCUUGAGUGUGCAUGUACACUUCUCGCAAUCAUAGGCAAGGAACUAGAUGUCGACAAAGCAAAACCAAGAAUGGAUCAAUAUUUUAAACAUAUGGCAUCGCUUGUAAACAGAGAGACAACACCAGCAUAUGUGAAAAUGUUAUUGCACGGUGUCAUUGAUUUAAGAAGGAACAAGUGGGCACCAUGUUGUGAUGAAAGCCCCAAACCAAAUACAUCUAGCGCACGAAAAUAAAGCUCUUAGGUAUCAGAAAUUACAAGGCCAUCGAGAUCGACUCGUCACUCAGCUGGGCGAUACCUGUACUAUUUUUUACCAAAACGUUCGAACGAAAUGAUCUGCGGACACAGUAGUUAUAAACUUACGAAAUGCAUGAUGAGGUCACUGUAUCCACAAGAGUCGCAUUACCUUACAAAUGGACAAAAUAAGAUAGCCUAAGAAAAUGAUCACACUAUGGUCUUUUUGAGGAUUAAUCCGGACAAUGAGUGCGUAAUUGACGGACAAAUAGAGAAGGAGGCAAUAAUAUUUAUCAGGCAAGAACUAUUUAGGGGAAACAUAAAAACACUUUAGUAAUUUAGUAAUUUACCUUUUGGAGACAUAUUAUCUUUAACGUUGUUUAGAGUAACAAUAUUGUUAAAAAAUAAAUUAAGAUAUGAUAUAGUUACAUGAUGCAAGAUGACAUUUAUAUGAUAUAACGCAUCUUACCUAUCUUACAAGGACUGUUUUUAUGCCCCCCUUUGAAAAAGGAGGGGUAUAUUGUUUUGCAGAUGUCGGUCGGUAGGUCGGUCGGUCGGUCGGUCUGUCGGUCGGUCGGUCGGAAUGUAGACCUAUCCGUUUCCGGAUGAUAACUCAAGAACGCUUGGGCCUAGGAUCAUGAAAGUUGAUAGGGAGGUUGGUCAUCACCAGCAGAUGACCCCUAUUGAUUUUGAGGUCAGUAUGUCAAAGGUCAAGGUCACAGUGACCCUGAAUAAUAGAACGGUUUCCGGAUGAUAACUCAAGAACACUUGGGCCUAGGAUCCUGAAAGUUGAUAGGGAGGUUGGUAAUGACCAGCAGAUGACCCCUAUUGAUUUUGAGGUCAGUAUGUUAAAGGUCAAGGUCACAGUGACCCUGAAGAGUAAAACGGUUUCCGGAUGAUAACUCAAGAACACUUGGGCCUAGGAUCAUGAAAGUUGAUAGGGAGGUUGGUAAUGACCAGCAGAUGAUCCCUAUUGAUUUUGAGGUCAGUAUGUUAAAGGUCAAGGUCACUUUGACCCUGAAGAGUAAAAUGGUUUCCGGAUGAUAACUCAAGAACGCUUAGGCCUAGGGUCACGAAAGUUGAUAGGGAGGUUGGUCAUGACCAGCAGAUGAUCCCUAUUGAUUUUGAGGUCAGUAUGUCAAAGGUCAAGGUCACAGUGACAAGAAACAGUAAAGUGGUUUCCAGGCAAUAACUCAAGAACGCUUGGGCCUAGUGUCAGGAAAAUUGAUAGUUAGGUUGGCCAUGACCAGCAGAUGACCCCUAUUGAUUUUGAGGUCAUUAGGUCAAAGGUCAAGGUCACAUUGGCCAGGAACAGUUAAAUGGUUUCUGAUCUUCUUGUCCAAAACCAUAGGGCCUAGGGCUUUGAUAUUUGGUAUGUAGCAAAAUCUAGUGGUCCUCUACCAAGAUUGUUCAGAUUAUUUCCCUGGGGUCAAAUAUGGCCCCACCCCUAGGGUCACAUGGUUUAUAUAGACUUAUAUAGGAAAAAACUUUGAAAAACCUCUUGUCCAAAACCACAGGGCCUAGGGCUUUGAUAUUUUGUAUAUGACAUCAUCUAGUGAUCCUCUACUAAGAUUAUUCAAAUUAUUCCCCUAGGGUCAAAUAUGGCUCCGCCCUGGGGGUCACAUGGUUUACAUAUAACAUGUACUUAUAUAGGGAAAAACCUUGAAAAUCUUCUUGUCCAAACCACAAAGUCUAUGGCUUUGGUAUUUUGUAAUGUAGCAUCAUUUAGUGGUUCUCUACCAAGGUUGUUCAAGUUAUCCCUCUCGGGUCAAAUAUGGCCCCGCCUCAGAGGUCAAAUGGUUCAUAUAGACUUAUAUAGGGAAAAACUUAGAAUCUUCAUGUCCAUAACUUACAUCAUUCAAAUUUGGACCACAUUUAUAGUUUUAAGUGGCAAGAUGAACCUUGACAUGAGUUGACCUUGAUCUUGACCUAGUGACCUACUUUCACAUUUCUGUACCUACAGCCUUCAAAUUUGGACCACAUGCAUAGGUUUGUGUACUGAAAAAAACUUUGACCUUGUUAUUGACCUAGUGACCUACUUUCACAUUUUUGAAGGUACAGGCUUCAAAUUUAGACCACAUGCAUAGUUUUUUGUUCCAAAAUAAGAUUUGACCUUGAUUUUGACCUAGUGACCUACUUACACAUUUCUCAAGCUACAGCCUUCAGAUUUGAACCACAAGCGUACUUUUGUGUACUGAAAUGAACUUUGAUCUUGACAUUGACCUAGUGACCUACUUUCAUAUUUCUGAAGAUACAGGCUUCAAAUUUGGACCACUUGCAUAGUUUUGUGUUUCGAAAUAAAAUUUGACCUUGAUUUUGACCUAGUGACCUACUUUCACAUUUCUCAAGCUACAGCCUUCAAAUUUGAACCACAUGCAUAGUUUUGUGUACCAAAAUGAACUUUGAUCUUGAGAUUGACCUUGUGACGUAUUUUCACAUUUUUGAAGGUACAGGCUUUAAAUUUGGAUUGCAUGCAUAUUUUUGUGUUCUGAAUUGAAAUUUGACAUUGAUUUUUAUCUAUUACCUACUUUUACAUUUCUCAAGCUACAGCCUCCAGAUUCGAAGCACAUGCAUAGUUCUGUUUACCGAAAUGAACUUUACCUUGAAAUUGAUCUAGUGACCUGCUUUCACAUUUCUCAAGCCACCGCUUUCAAAUUUGGACCACAUACACAUUGUUUUGUACCUAAAUGAAAUUUGACGCCAAGAUCAAUCUGUAAUCUCUUGUUAGGUUAAUAGGUGUGAUCAUGCAGGUAGUGGCUGCAAGUGUAUAAACUCAGAUUUUGAAAUGUUCCACAAGUUUGCCGAGUAGCUUCCCAUAGCGUUACACUCGCAUAGUUCACCUUUUCAAUGUAAAUGAUAAUAUGACCGGAUUUUUUGUCAUCGAUUUGUUUUCUUUUGACUAACAUAUAUAAAGUCUAUAUUUGUGUGAAAAAAUUAUAUUAAACAAAAAAUAUACACUGGACCCGUGCCUGUGGAUGUACCACUAAUUCCAGAAAAUGAUCACCUGAUCAUGUUUCUUGUACUGUUCUACCUGUUUGAAAACUGUGUGCUAGCACUGUAUUGUUAUAUUUACAGUACUGAACCAGUGAUUCCAAAAGAUGAUCACCUGGUUAUGUUUCUUCCACUGUUCCACAUGUAUGGACUUUAUGUGUGUGGAUUGUACAGCCAUUUUUUAGGGGCAAAGUUAAAGGUCAAGGUCAGAUUAAACCAGAAUGGUAGAACUUUUGUUUACAGUGAGCAUAUAAUUUCUUUUCCUUGUGCAAUUAUUGAAUGCAUCAAGGGGGGCAUUUCGUGUUCGACGAGCUCUUGUUUUCUGUAUAAACACGCAAAUGAUACAUUUAUACCUAUCAUUAAUCACACAUUUCACUAAGCUCAUAUAUUUAAAGGGACAUUAUUUUUUUAAUUCAAGGAAAGUCAGUCAGUAGGUGAAGUAAAAUAAAUUGCUAAUAGUAACGUUCUGUAAAUAAAACCAUUGCUGUCACAUUUCACGGUAAACUGCAUUAUGUAAAAUCUGCACUUUGACAUUAAGUAUUACGUAAGGCCUAUAAACCUGGUCUUUGUCUCAUUCUACACUUCACUUUCAACAGGUAACGUAUAAGGAUAAGGUUUUAGUGACUAUACAUGGAUGGAAGUAUGUGCUAGAGAAAUUAUACAGUUUUGUACUCGUCAUGACAAAACAGGUGGAGAUUUCACCAUACCUCCGAUCUCAGCCUUGCUAUAAUGACGAUGAACUGUUUUUGUUCUUUGCAUUUUUAGCUCACCUGUCAGAAAGUGACAAGGUGAGCUUUUGUGAUCGCGCGGUGUCCGUCGUCCGUCGUCCGUCCGUGCGUGUGUGCGUAAACUUUUGCUUGUGACCACUCUAGAGGUCACAUUUUUCAUGGGAUCUUUAUGAAAGUUGGUCAGAAUGUUUAUCUUGAUGAUAUCUAGGUCAAGUUCGAAACUGGGUCACGUGCCAUCAAAAACUAGGUCAGUAGGUCUAAAAAUAGAAAAACCUUGUGACCUCUCUAGAGGCCAUAUAUUUCACAAGAUCUUCAUGAAAAUUGGUCAGAAUAUUCAUCUUGAUGAUAUCUAGGUCACGUUUGAAACUGGGUCACGUGCCAUCAAAAACUAGGUCAGUAGGUCAAAUAAUAGAAAAACCUUGUGACCGCUCUAAAGGCCAUAUUUUUCAUGGGAUCUAUAUGAAAGUUGGUCUGAAUGUUCAUCUUGAUGAUAUCUAGUUCAAGUUCGAAACUGGGUCACGUGCGGUCAAAAACUAGGUCAGUAGGUUUAAAAAUAGAAAAACCUUGUGACCUCGCUAGAGGCCAUAUAUUUCAUGAGAUCUUCAUGAAAAUUGGUCAGAAUGUUCAUCUUGAUGAUAUCUAGGUCAAGUUUGAAAGUGGAUCACAUGCCUUCAAAAACUAGGUCAGUAGGUCAAAUAACAGAAAAACCUUGUGACCUCUCUAGAGGCCAUAUUUUUCAUCGGAUCUGUAUGAAAGUUAGUACGGAUGUUCAUCUUGAUGAUAUCUAGGUCAAGUUUGAAACUGGGUCACGUGCCGUCAAAAACUAGGUCUGUAGGUCAAAUAAAAGAAAAACCUUUUGAUCUCUCUAAAGGCCAUAUUUUUCAUGGGAUCUGUAUGAAAAUUGGUCUGAAUGUUCUUCUUGAUGAUAUCUAGGUCAAGUUCGAAACAGGGUCAUGUGCGGUUAAAAACUAGGUCAGUAGGUCUAAAAAUAGAAAAACCUUGUGACCUCUCUAGAGGCCAUUCCCUUGAAUGGAUCUCCAUAAAAAUUGGUCAGAAUGUUCAACUUGAUGAUAUCUAGGUCGAGUUUGAAACUGGGUCACGUGCCUUAAAAAACUAGGUCAGUAGGUCAAAUAAUAAAAAAACCUUGGGACCUCUCUAGAGGCCAUACUUUUCAUGGGAUCUGUAUGAAUUUUGGUCUGAAUGUUUAUCUUGAUGAUAUCUAGGUCAAGUUUGAAACUGGGUCAACAGCGGUCAAAAACUAGGUCAGUAGGUCUAAAAUUAUUAAAAUCUUUUGACCUCUCUAGAGGCCAUAUUUUUCAGUGGAUCUUCAUGAAAAUUGAUCUGAAUGUUGACCUUGAUGAUAUCUAGGUCAAUUUCGAAACUGGGUCACGUGCGGUCAAAAACUAGGCCAGUAGGUAUAAAAAUAGGAAAACCUUGUGACCUCUCUAGAGGCCAUAUUUUUCAUGAGAUCUUCAUGAAAAUUAGUGAGAUUGUUCACCUUGAUGAUAUCUAGUUAAAGUUCAAAACAGGGUCACGUACCUUCGAAAACUAGGUCAAUAGGUCAAAUAAUAGAAAAACCUUGUGACCUCUCUAGAGACCAUAUUUUUCAACGGAUCUUCAUGAAAAUUGGUCAGAAUUUUUAUCUUGAUAAUAUCUAGGUCAAGUUCAAAACUGGGUCACAUGAGCUCAAAAACUAGGUCACUAUGUCAAAUAAUAGAAAAAAACGACGUCAUACUCAAAACUGGGUCAUGUGGGAAGAGGUGAGCGAUUCAGGACCAUCAUGGUCCUCUUGUUUUA